GGCGGUUUGAUUGGAUUAGCGGAUUGUGAAUGAACGGGAGACUAAUUGCAAUUAAUUCUAUUGAAAGGGAUUAGAGUUAGCGUUCUUAUAAGUCGGGGAUUUUUGAUUGAUUUCGGAAGACAAGAAGUGCAAUGGCAGCAUCUGAGAUUACUAAUGCACACUAACUUGUAACUGUUCUAGGACCUGGUUAUGGCAGGUAUUGAGGAUCAUCCAGACGCGAUCGACGAAGGGGACUAUAAUGAACCACCGCCCCCAAACUCUGUCUACAUCAGAGUGUCUCUGCCAGAUCAGAAAACACAGAAAUGCCUGCAGUUCCAGCUCGAUGAGACAGUAUGGACGGCAAAGUUAAUAGUUCUGGCUACUCUUGCAAAGGAUGUUCGAGAUGGUCAUAACUACGGUUUCUACUGUCCCCCUAUGAAUGGUCGCGCUGGCAAGUUCCUGGAGGAGGAGAGAAAACUCAGGGAAUAUCCGUUAGCCGGACCGAUUGGAUUCUUGGAGUUUAAAUACAAGCGCCGUGUCUACAGACUGAUGCAGGUGAAUCCACGCAAGCUCAAGCAGCUUCAUACCAAGGCCAAUCUCAAGCAGUUCUUGGAUUAUGUACGUAAAGGCGAGUUUGAGAAAGUCAGCAAGUUCAUCAACAAGGGAUUGGAUCCAAACUUCCACAACAAUGACAUUGGAGAAACCCCUCUCACUCUGGCGACCACCUUAGCCAAGCCACGACAAAUGAUUAUGACUUUAGUCAAUGGUGGCGCUCAUAUCGACUUCAGAAGGAAAAAGGAUGGAUGCACGCCGAUGCAUAAAGCUGCGAUUCGAGGCAAUUAUGAUGCGCUCAAGGUUCUGCUCGAGCUUGGUGCGUCUCCUAACUACCGAGACGUGCGCGGUCUAACGCCGCUCUAUUACACUGUGUUCAACGACACGAGUCCCUACUGCCUUGAGCUGCUCCUUCAUGACCAUGCUGUGAUUGGGAUCAAAGAUGAGCAGGGAUGGUCUGAGGUUCAUCAGGCGUGUCGUUUCGGUCGUGUUCAACAUUUAGAACAUUUAGUUUUCUAUGGUGCUGAUAUGGAUGUGCAGAAUAGUAGUGGUAACACUCCGCUGCAUGUGUCUGCUGUAAAUAACCAGGAGUCUUGUGCACGUGUUCUCCUAUUUCGUGGUGCUAAUAAAAACUUGGAGAACAACAGUAAUCAGACGCCCUGCCAGGUGGCAGCAGUGGCUGGGAACUUCGAGUUGGCGGAGGUAAUACGCCAUCAUCAAGAGGACGAUGUCGUGCCAUUCAAAGAAUCUCCCAGCUACAGUGAAAGGAGGAAGUCAAUCGCCGCCUCACCGAUGCUGAACGCCCUCCUCCGCAGUCGCAGCGAUCCUCGCCUGGACCUCCACUUCAUCAAUGAUAAACCACCUAGUCCCGCUUCGUCCCAAUACAGCCUUCCUCCGUUCAAUAGCUCAGAUGAUUCAGGGCGAUGUGCAUCGUUAUAUCAGGGUGAUUCUGAUUCGCCAAGGUCACUGAGUCUCUGUAGUACUGGCUCCAUGUCAAAUGUGUUUACGUUUGAAAUGAGCCAUGCUCAUUCGGGUCCCAAUUCCCCAGGCCAGGUUAUGUCAAGCCCUUCUCAACGGCCCAGGAGCCUUGCUCUCUUGCCCGUCCCUCAUGUAAGAGCCCAGGCUUGUUCAAGCCAUUCUUUACCAAGAUGCCAGGGUCUGUCUGUGAGUCAAGCAGGGUCUGGAUUGACCAGAUGGCGGAGCUCCAUUGACCUGCCUCCCAUGUACAGUUUCUCCAAGAAGCGCCUGUACGCUGCUCUUCCUGGACGAACGUUCAUCUGUGUCAAGAACUACCAUGCGCAAGAGGAAGGAGAGUUGGACUUGAAGAAGGGAGCUUUUGUGGAAGUGCUAAGUGUCGGUGAAAAGGGAUUCUGGGAAGGAAAGUCUGGCGACCGAGAGGGUUGGUUCCCGUCGAUUUGUGUUCAAGAAGUCAAGACCAGAAAACAUGAUCAUCGAGUCCCUGACAGUGGAUCUGUGGUGAUUCGGCGGAAUACUCUGGCCGCUCUCAUGUUGGAGAACAACCGAGGUCCGCGGACGGUAGUGCUAGUGAAGGGAAAGAAGGGCUUUGGUUUCGUCCUCAGAGGAGCAAAAUCCUUGGGCAGCCAUGGUGCCAGUAUACGAGACUUCAAACCAUCCCUGUUCCAGCCAGCACUGCAGUAUCUCGAUAACGUGGAUAAAGGGGGCGUCGCUGACAAGGCUGGUCUUAAGGCUGGAGACUUCAUCUUAGAGAUCAAUGGUGAGAACGUAGCUAGCGCCACCCAUGAGCAUACAGUGAAACUAAUCAAACAUUCUGGCAACACGAUCGCGAUGAAGGUGAUGACGGUGCUGCCAGAGGAUGAAGAUCUUGAAGAGAUGGGUCCAAACAGGACGCUACCAUCUAACUUGGCCAGGAGAUCACGUGCGCCACUGCCCCCGAAGAGGAACCCUGAGACACGCCUAUCAGUCGGCCGAGCCAGGUCCAAAUCAGUGACAGAAGGAUUAGAGACACUUCAGACAUUAGGUGGCAAUAUACGCCCAGAAGACUUUGACCGAACGUUGGCACUCUAUGACGACAGUACCGAUCUCUCCAACUCAGUGGAGGACCUCACCGUCAAUGCCAAGGAGAAGAUAGCAUCUGUACGUGGCCGUCCCUCGUCUCAAAGGCUCACAUCAGACGAGAUCGAGCAUUUAUUCAAAAAGACUGACUCUGGUGUCGACACGGAGAAAAGUGCAUCUAAUCUUGAGAAACCGAUGGUAAAUAUCCCACGCACAUACGCUAAUCCAGCCGAGUUGAAGGCACAGUCACGGAGGCGGAAACUAGUCAAGCAGGAGCAAGCUGAACUACAGCGGUCAAAGAGCUCACCUAAUCUGAGUCAAAACGGUGAUUCUGGCAUUGAGAGUAGCUCAGGUAGCAGUCAGGGUGAAGUCUCACUUCAUACACCACCACAUCUUCAGGAAUACGUGAAUACAAACUUCAGUACGAGUGAAUAUGCUGAACCAACAGUGGAUACGAAUCCGUCUAUGAACAAGGAUUCUUUAGGUGCUGCGUAUGCUGCGACAGACCUUCAUCCAAAUCACCAGACAAGUAAUAGCUUGUUUGACUUGCGUCAGUAUGCACGUGGUUAUGUAGGCCCAGUGCCAUCUCAGACCAGGAAGACACCGUCAGAACCUCGCUCUUAUUCUCAAAGAUCAAACGGAGGUAUUCCUCCAGCACCAAGUCACUCUCCACCUCCUCCUCCACCUCCGGGGAGGAAACCAAACACAGAAAUAGUCCAAAUACAAACCGCCAAGCACAGUGACGCCAUCUAUAUGAAUAUAGAAGAACUAAAGAAAGAGCCUUUAAAUAUUCAGUCAAGUUUUAAACCUCCGCCCAAACCUGUGCGGCGGGCUAUCUCUGAGCAUAUCUACGCUAAUCCUGAAACGUUACAGAUGGAGCGGAAUGCGAUGCAUCCACAAGCAGAUGUGACGUAUGCAGAGGUGCAUCUUCAUGGUCCACCACCUCCACCACCCUCGGGACCACCCCCCGAUAUACCACAGGAAAAACAAGGAGUGACAUUCGCCGAUGUCAAAAUUUAUGACAAUGCAGCAAAGUUUAUUCAGAACAAUCCAAAUUCCAUGAUAUUAUUAACAGAUGCUGCCAAUAGCGUCCCCAGUGAGGAUAAGAAACGUGUGAAAGUUUGUCGAGGUUCGUCGACGGAGGAUGAGGAUGAGGAUGGCAGGAAGUUACUGUCGAAACCUCUGCCGUAUUAUCUCCCUGAAGCUGAUUAUGAAGCUGAUAUGACAGAUGACACCAUCAGUACACCACCAAAGGCCAAGUUGAGUCUUGAGAAGAGAUCAUCGAGCUUACCUCCCCUUCCUCCUGCACCACUGCAUGACGCACCAAGACCACAAUCUGUGAGGAAACCGCUGACUUUGGAAGAACAGCUGAGGAUGUCAGGGAGGAGUCGCAUGUUACAUAAUAGUGGCUAUGCUCGCACCUUGAAUCGCUCACGGUCAGGAUCCUCGUCAAGUACAGAGGGCCAGAAACCAGUGGAGACCAUCUCUGUGAGUAAUACGCAGAUACACGUCAGGAAACCUGCACCGCAGCUUGGUGAGGGUGAUGUCAAGGCCGCUGUCGCUGCCAGACAAGCCCGUCUGUCGUACCGCAGUGAGACGAAAGCAACUGAUGAUAGUGCGGCUGCGGUAGGGAUGAGACAAGCACGGACAGCCUACCGGACAGAGACAAAGACACCUGACAGUGGCAUGGAGGCGGUCAUCUUGAAAAAUGAGUUUAACAAAAAUCCAAAACCAAGUCAAAAGGCCAACAAGCCCAACAUCCCUGCUGCUCCACCUUUUAAGUGUGUGCCUGCACCUCCUCAGGCUCCUGAGUUCAAGCCGCAGCUUGUUCCCCCACCACCUGCGUUUGGUAUGAAGGCCACCGCUAAGGUUCAAGCCAAGGACCCUGAGAAACCAACAACAAAUGACCUCCUGGCAGCGAUCGCUCAGAGGAAAGCUAAACUGGCUGUAAGCAGUACUGACAAUCCCCUAGAGAACAUUGAGAAAAAGAUCGCAGAAAAUAAACACACUCCAAAACCUGUGGCGCAUGAGGAUCACUUACGAUUGGCUGUCUUAAAGCGGCGAGAGCGUCUCGCGAAUAAAACGGGUGAUGAUGUGGUGCAUGAUAUCGAACAGAAGAUCCGUGAUUCGCGACAUGUGUCUCGCAGCGAUGUUGACUUAAGUAUACAUAAUGCUCAAAAGGUGGAGGCACCGAAGCCUAAUGUAAAGACUGUUGUAAAUGAAGAUCAAAGUGUGCCUGGUUCACCUAUUAUUACUGCACCUCCAAACUCUCCCCAAAGGAUGCCAUCUGUUGUACAUCAAGGUGCCAUCAAUACUGACUCCGCACAGAAAGUAAACAAGAUAACUGUGUCCUUGAAUAAGCCGUUAUUGGAACAAAUACAGAGUCAGAAACCUGAGACGGAACGUACAACUGGUGUUAAGGCUCCUCAGAUGGGAAAAACAAAGUCUGUGCCAGUCAAAUCAAAUCAGUCGGCUAACAUCAGCGCAACAGAGAUCCAGAAACCUCACAGUCCGAACAUGGUGGCUGUUGAGGGUGUCGUUGCUGCUAGUGGGCAGGAGUCUGCUAAGCAUGGUGGUGGGAAAGCACGAAGGGGAAUCCUACAGAAAAGUGAUAUGUUGGGUGUGACUGUUGAUGUCAAACCAACUGAGUUGAAAAGUGACAAUGCAUCAGUUACUGUGGAUAAAUCCAACAAUACCUUGUUAAGUCCAACUAAAGCAGAAACGUUUACACAACGUGCCGAGAGGUUACGGCGAGAAUAUCUGCAACGGAGACAAAGUUCAUCAAGUAUUGAUAUCACGUCCGGUUCAGAUGAUGAUUCUUCUCGCACUGAUGGUGCUUCAAAGGAUCCUGUCAAGGCUGAUCUGGCGAAAGACAUGUUAGAUAUGGUCAAGGGAGAAUCCAAACCAAAAACGGCCCAGGCCAAGCCAAAAAGAUUUGUGUUGAAAAUGGACAAUAGUGGUAAAGCCAAGUAUGUGCCGGAGUCAAAACAAUCAACUCCAGAGGGUGUCACUAGUGUUGAGAAACAAACUGAUCAAAACAGCUAUGAUAAGCUGGAGGUCAAAAGAUCAAAUACUGAACCAAGUUCACAGGCUAUGAACAGUAAAAACUUGGUUAGUGUGUCAUCGCCAAGAGAUGUUAUGAUUUUACCACCCCCUGCUGAUCAUAGCAGUAACCUCGAUGACUUGGGGCAACCACCUUCAACCUUCGAUGCGGUGCUGCCACCUCCUAGCUUUGGAUCAGUACCGCCCCCGACAGACUUUGGUGAUGUUCCCCCUCCGUCUAACUUCUCAUCGGACAUUGAUGACGGGAUAGACAUGGGUUUCAUUCCUCCUCCCCUCGAGUAUUCACAUGACGAUGAUUCUAGCCUCAUGUCGUCUAUGUCUAUGUCAACGUUAUCAACCAACUCGAGUGUUGGACCUCGGACGGAUGCACUGCUAUCAUACCUCUCCUCGGAUCGAGUAAGACUUGAAAAUGAUUAUACGUGCGGCCCACAGGAACACUGGCCAAAACUUCAGAAAGGUGUCGAUAACACAGACAAGUUUCCUCCACCUUAUAAUUCUAGUGACAUUUACGAGGAAUUGUAUGCACCUCCACCACCUGGGUUUGUUGAUCAUGACGACGGCCCGAUUUAUGAGGAAGUAGGAGAUGGCACAAUACCACCACCGAUGGAAUUCAACUCACCUCCGAAGUCUCAAACAAAAAAGGCAGAAAUUGCACAAAAUAAACUCAAUUCUGCGCUGAGCGACAAAUCCAAAGUGGAAACAUUUCGCGACAAAGCCAUUCAUGAUUGGACACUUGAAGACGUGUCUCUGUGGCUCGAGAGUCUCUCAUUGGCUGAAUACAAGAACAGUUUCGUGCAGCAUGAGAUCGAUGGCACCUGCCUAGUUCAUAUGGGGCGGAGUGAUUUCAUGGAUAUUGGUGUGACACGGGUGGGUCAUCGACUGACAAUGGAGCGGUCGAUCAAGAAAGUCCAGUUACAGCAUGAUCCGUCACCGAACACUGCACCAGCUCUGAAACCACAGAUCAUCGCUAGCUUUUAGGUCAAGAAACUGAGUCUUGAUCCACUCACACAUGCACAUGAAUGAGAACUUCUAUGAACAUGCUCAUGUGCAUGCCACGAUACAACAUACAAAAAAAUGAUGAGAAAAAUUUCAAAGUAAAAUUUUAUAUGAUGGUAAUUUGGUAAUUUGCUAUGAGACGCUUAAAAUGUUUUUUGGAAGAAACAUUCAAACUUCACUGGUGCUGAAUUUUGACAUAAUGUGCACUGUCCCUCAUGAUCACGUUUAUUUUGAUAAUGUAAUAUAGCUCCCCUCUUUUGUUCACUGAGGGUCCUCAAGUUGAAGGAAAAUGCUGGUCGAUGAGUUUAAGGGGUGCCCGCACAACAGACCUUUACAUCAUGACAUGUGAAUGGCCUCAAGAAACAGAUGUGUCAGUGGCUGUACCUGCUAUAACUCAUCAACACCUCCCUCCCCUGUACAUAAUGUAAAUAGACCUUUCUCUGCGCAUACAUUUACAGUGCUUGCAGUGUACAUAAUCACAAUGCAUUUAAGUUAUUUGCAAACUGGGCUAUAAUUCUUUGACUUCGAAUUAAUAUCGUUGUAUCUUUAUGGUAAUAUGUUCAUUUCACUUUGUCCUGAUUCGCGCAAUUUAUUUGUAAUCUUAUUCAUUGUGGGUAUUGCAAUUUUCCUGUAUCCAUGACGACAAUCUGAAUAUAUUCAUCAUUUUCUUUACAUACAUUCGAGACGUUUAAUCCAGACCACAGACCUAGAUCAUGCACCCUUUUAUCUCAUCUCAAAUUAGAAUGGAAUAGACUAAAAUCAUGGUUUGGAACGGCUAGACAUGUUGUACCUCUUGUUUUGAUCACUGGUUGCACUGUGCCCGAGUUCUAAUUCAUGCCUGUUGGUUUGUAUAAUGGCAAGCAUUUUAAUUAUAAGUCUCCAUGGAGUCAUUUUAAUCAGUUAAUAUCAUUUAGUUGUUAAAAUAUUUGAAGCCAGUAUCGAAUGUUUACUUGUGGUUCAUCAGAUAGAUUUCUCACUUCAUAUCGUACAGUAUCAUGUGAUCAGACUUAACUCAAUCGAAUCGCGUCCAAUUGUGUCAGUUCAGACCCUUGAGGUACUGAGACACAAUGGUGAAAGGCAAAACUAGAAAUUCUACAGUUGGGGUCAGUCCCACCUAAAAUGGGUGUGUGUACUUCUACUGGAGUCCAUAACCUGGUUCCCUGCCUGUGAUCGUGAGUCCCUCCAUUGGAUAACAUAGUCCCUCCAUCAAAUGACUGCCUGCCAGUACUUGAAUGCCUCCAGAAGUCUCCACUUCAUUCCCUCCAGACAUUGGGCUACAAGCACUGGUGCCACACUAGUAACAUGCCUUCUGAUGGUUUGUCUAUACAAGUGUUGUACUCGAGUCCCUCCAUACUUUUCAUGCUGUUUUGUUCUUGGAAAUCCAUCCAAUCUUGUAAUGUCCCUCCACAUUGAACAUUCUGUCCAGUAUUGACUGAAAAGAAACCUGCUGUGAAAUGAGUGAUAAGUCAAUUCAAGGACAAGGAAAAACACUGUUAGAUAGCCGAUUUUUUGAGGCUUCAUUUGCUAUGAGCUCUUCUCUCACCCGCAUGUUGCAGGUGACAGUGUUGUCUCGAUGAUUUGAAUCUUUCUCUUGUUACUAGACAUUAGCGACAUGCCGGUAUAUCAGUCAGAAUGUAAACAUUUUCUAUUUAUUAUCUGAAUCAGUCACGCAUGUUCAUGUAACUUUAUUUUUUAAGAACAUUAAUAAACUGGACAAAAAUUAUUG